CCUGCAAACUGGGCUUUUUAUUGUUCGGUGUAAAUAUUUCGUGCUCUCAGCUUCACUUCGAUGACGCUUUAAAAUGCAAAAACAAAACUUCUCAGAAGCUUUUCUGCGGAGUGGCGCAAAGACCAACAUCACCUGUGCGAAGAUUGACUUGGAUUUCACCCAUACAUUUUUGCCAACGGUGUACGUUCUCGUCUUUGUCAUCGGUCUGCUCGCCAAUUGUUGUGGUUUAAAGUCUGUGCUGACGAGCUGGAAAAAACUGGGAAAUAUAAACAUUUUUAUAUUGAACCUGGGAGUUGCAGACCUGCUGUACGUAUUUACCUUGCCCUUUCUCGUCGUUUACUACGCGGCGAACAGUAGGUGGAUUUUUGGACGUACGUUUUGCAAGGUCACCAGAUUUUGCUUCAAUUUGAAUUUAUACUGCAGCAUCGGUUUUCUCACCUGCAUUAGCAUCUACAGAUACCUCGGCAUCGUUCACCCCAUGAAAGUGAUGGGGAGAAUUACGAGACGCCAUUCGGUGGCUAUAAGUAUUCUUGUCUGGCUCUUGGUUAUUAUUCAGAUCCUUCCAGACAUGUUCUUUGACAAGACUCCACGGAAUUCGUCCGACGCGUGUUUCGACACCACCGCCAACGACCUAAUCGACCUGUACCUCCCGUACAGCAUUGGCUGGACAUUCACGGGGUUCGGCGUUCCUCUGAUAAUCAUCGUCGGGUGCUAUGGACACGUGGCCGUGGUUCUGGCUUCUAAAGCGAACGUCAAUGCGUUGCUGAAGCAGCGAUGCCUAAAACUGGUCGUGAUGCUGAUCGUUUUAUUUUCGGUGUGCUUUAUUCCUUACCAUGUUCUGAGGAAUUUAAAUCUAAAGACCAGAAUUUUGAAACGCGAUGGCACGUGCCACGCAUCGUUCGAUGACAUCUACCUUGCCUACCAAGUGAGCCGCGGUCUGGCUUGCAUGAACAGUGCCAUCAACCCGCUCAUUUACUUAGUGGGCAACGACGACUUUCUCGUCCGUUUCCAUGAGAUAUCCAAACGCGCAAGGAUGUCUGUCGCACAAGUGACGGGCGUACGAAAAUACCGCAAACCUCCAGAUACGGACUCCUCAGGUAUGAAUUCGAGAGCAGGUGAUCUGAAUGAAGAGGGGUUUAUGUUUUGA